AUGAGGAAAGGAUCGCAAUGCAUCGCUCGUACGAUCAAUCUCUCCAGUCCAAGGAACUGCGCUUCUCCACGCCAGGUCCAGAAGCUUAUCAACGCGGACGUAAUGACUACAUGUCCGGAUUCUAGAUCAUCGUACGUGAGUCCACGGCCAGUGCCAGUUCGCGUCUGCACGCGUCGCGACGUCGAGAGGACGCUGCCACCUAAGCUGUGCGAAUGUUCCCAAAAAUUACCGCCGGAAACACUGGUGCAGAAGUUACGAAGGUUGGCUAACGGUGUCCUGAAAUCCGGCAUUGCUGCUGGUCUGGUCUACUGGACAACCGCCGAAGGCGUCUGGGGCGACGCCGAGGAAACCGAAAUCCUUUACGGCCGCAUCGUUAAGUCGGUUGCUCCUGCUUUUCAGGAUGUCGUCGAUGUCAAGGAUAUCACCAAAAGCCGAUAUGGGCCGACAAAGUCUUUUCAAUUCUGUUUUCAAGACAUACCUCAGCAUCUAAGGAAUUGGGGUCUUGUACAGGAACUAGUGAACCUUCAGUAUGUUCAUUGGGUUUACCUUAACACUACACCACACUUCACACAGACGAAGGCUCCGCACCUGGAAAACGUGAGGUAUAAACUGUUGGACGGUUACAACAGAGCAGUAUUGGCUAUAGUAGGACUGAUGAUCAGCAUCCCGAUGAAGCUGGAGGAAAAGAUGUCCGAGAUAUUUUUCGCCUGCGAGGAAGUCAGCAGCGGCGAGAAAGGAGCUGGGAACACAAAAAUUUGA